AUGGAGACCCACUCGCAGCUGCACCAUCUCCCGAGGCAGGACCGGACGUGGCUACUGACCAAACGGGAGAGAAUUCCCAGCUCCGGGGGCAGCAGCGCGGAUGGGCCCGGGGCCGGUGUCCCGGGCUCCUGCGCCGGACGGAGUCGCUGGGCGCUCGGCUCUGCGCGCCGGCAGGUGACCCCGACCGACGCGCGAGGCAGUUCCCACGGCCCCGCGCGGAGAGACGGCACCGGCCCGGCCCUGCCCGCGCCCGCCUGCAGCCCCGGCCGCGCCCCCGGCCCGGACCCAGACCCGGAGCCGGCCCGGACCGCGCCGCAGCGGGGCGAGGCGGCCCGUGACGUCACGCCGACCCGGCCGGGCUCAGGGCGCGUGCGCGGGGCGGGGCCGCGGGCGGCGUUGCUAGGCAACGGGAGCCGGCGGCCACGCGGGUCCGACCCGGACUCCGCUGAGGGGCUGGCCGCCGUGGUCUGCUCUGCGUCCAGGCCCGGGGCCACGUCCCGCACUGGCCCUGCGCCGAAGCUGGACGUCUCGGCGGUGACGGCAGCUGCCCUGCAGGACCACAUCCUCCGGGACCGGCAGCUGCGGGGCCUCUCGGCGGCCCACGGCACCCCGGCCCGGGCACAGCUGCGGCAGGAGCGAGCCGCCCUCCGCGCCCUGCGGAGCAACGCCAAGGCGGUGGUGGACACGGGGCUGCGGAGAAGGGCCCGGCCCCCGCGCGCCGCCCUCCCUGGGACGGAGGAAGAGGCCGUGCUGGACCCCCGGCCACCACCGCUGUCGCUGGCGCAGAAGCUGGGCCUGGUGCCCCCGCCGCCCCCGCCGCUGUCCCCCGCCGGCUGGGAGCGGGCGAAGCAGAGAUCGGUGGCGGAGGGCGACUCGGGCCGGCCGUGCCCCAUCUGCAGGGAGGAGUUCGAGCUGAAGCCGCAGGUGCUGCUGUCCUGCUCACACGUGUUCCACAGGGCGUGCCUCCAGUCUUUGGAGAGGUUCACCGGCAGGAAGCGCUGCCCCCUGUGCCGCCAGAGCCAGUACGAGACGCGCCUCAUUCACGACGGGGCCCAGCUCUUCAGGGCCAGGUGCGCGACCAGGGUCCAGGCGUGCUGGCGCGGGCACGUGGUGAGGAGGUGGUACCGGCACCUGAGGAGCACCGUGCCGCCCUCGGACCCAAAGCUGCGCAGGAAGUUCUUUGAAGACAAGUUCACAGAGAUCAGCCAGCGCCUGCUGUGUUCCUACCGCACGGACGUGGACGCGCUGCUCUCGGAGGUGGAGCGCUGCCUGGCCGUCAACCGCGGCGUCCUGCGGCAGCUGGAGGAGGCCAGGGGCUGCGGGCUUUCGGCGCAGGACUGGGAGAAGAUCCAGGCGCAGGCGCUGCAGCGGGAGGGCGCCGACUGUCCCAUCUGCCUCGGCCCGCUGUGGGCGCCGGGGGCCAGCCGCCGCGCCACCGCCCUGCUGUCCUGCUCACACCUGUUCCACCACACCUGCCUGCUGGCCCUGGAGGAGUUCUCCCUGGGGGACGCGUCCCCCUUCCAUGCUUGUCCCCUCUGCCGCUCCUGUUACCAAAAGAAAAUUCUGGAAGGUUGA